GAAUCAUUGUACAUUUCAGUUCAACAGCUGCUCUGCUUUAAGCAACAUCGCCUUAGUCCAGGAGCAUCAUCCGAAAAUGCUGGGCAUCGGAGACCAGUUCCUGCUGAAGUCACUCUUGAUGCUCACCUCCUCUUCUGUGCAGAAGAACUCGUCACAAGCUUGGAAGUGCCUCAAAAUCCUUUCAGGAAAUGUUGAGGUCCAGAAGCACCUGCUGGAGCUGGGUGUUGUGACGUCACUCAGAGCCCUGCUGAGCUCGUUUGCUCUCCCCGUGACUGAGCCUGCCAUCACUCUGCUCUCUGAAAUGACUACACACCCGCCCAACAACGAGAACCUGGUAGAUGAUGGCCUGCUGGAGGUCAUAGGUCACCUGCUGGUCAGCCAUGGGUCCAGCUCCAUCGUCAUCAGACACAGCGCUGCUGUUGUCACCAACCUGUGUACGACCAGACACGGUGUACAGGGGCUGAUGGAGAGUGAGUGUCUAACGGGACUACUCCGGGUCCUAGUUUCCAGCGUGGCAACUCAAGAGGACUUGGCAUGUGUCACACUUUGUUUACAUCAUCUGACGAGCCGGGAAGUGCUUCAGUCUCGUCUGGCCACAAAAAUGAACCCUGACCACGUGUUGAGACUUGUGACACUGUCCGGAGAGAUGGAAAAUCAAGAGUUGUCAUAUUAUUCCGCCUCCAUCGUCAGCAAACUACAACUAAAUGGUGAUAUCGUCGAUUUGCUGCGUCCUCACUAUCCCGCCAUCUCUGCAUAUGUGCUGGCCUUCCUCAAAAAACAGGAAGUUAGAUUCCAGCAACUCGGCAUCGUCACUUUGUGCAGUCUUAAGAAAGAUGGAGGCUUUGUGGCUGCUGCUCAUCUGGAGGAGCAGCUGAUGGAGGUUCACCUGCAGACGGAACAAACCAGAACUCUUCUGCAGAGGAUCCAGCAGCCUCCCCCGCUCUCCUCCCCUGAGUCUCCCCUGCCGUUAGACAGAGACUAGGACCUGGAUGUGUACUGUUGUGUAGAUUUUUUGUAAACUUGUAUACUUCCUUUUGUUUUUACUGAUGCCAUGAUUCAUGUUUGCAACUUUGGUAAUGUUACAUGCUACAAUGUUAAUGUUGGAAUGUUACAAAAUGUUUUUUUUUAACCAUAUUUUUAUAUACACAUCUCAACAAGAAAGAAAAGAUUGAAAACUGCAUGUGUUUUUAUUUCAAGUUUUAUACAGGUUCAGAGAUUGAAAGGUUUUUACAACUUUGACAGAGACAUUAUAUAGUACCUAGGGAGGUGGAGAGAAAGGACACAAGCAGUAGUUAGGCUAGACUAAGUGUGCCAAUAUGUUAUUGUACUCUGUAGGAGUUUUAAAUAAAUGGAUUCUAAUCUUAA